AUGCCUCCCCAGAUAGAUGGUGGUUUACCCCUCACAUGGGGCCACACCUUUAUUCCCCUUUUUCUCGCCGAUGGUCUCCAUCUUUACUUCAGCCUGAUAGUUUGUAUACGAACCGUAGCAUCUGGUAAAAGAAAGGAAGCUUACAAGCGUGUGGUGUGGGCAGUUAUGUGUUUGUCAUUGCUGUUCUUAUGCAAGAUGUUGACAUACCAGUUACUGGAGAACGGGGUCAACUUCAAGAAAGUGACCGUCCUUGCCCCAAUCUUCGCUGUGUGGGUGAUGCUGCUGGUACGAGCGUGCCAUAUCAGACCUUGA